ACGGGUUGACUCUGUCAAGGCAAUCCGAUUUUUCUUUUUUUCUCAUCGUCGCUCCUUACCCAGAAUCUGUGGAUUCGUGCCGUUCCUUACAUAUAAACUUGUCAAGGUCACUCCACUCAUUUACUCCUAUUCCACCUUCCUUUCGAUCAGACCCUACUUCAGUAGACGACAAAAUGCGCCUUUUAUCCAUCGCAUUCGGCCUCUUGGCCACCUUGUCUCUGUCUGCAGCACAGACAAGCUCAAACCCCAAAGAAAACGCGUUCAUCGUCCCAUCCGCCGGCGCUCAGUUCACGGCCGGAACGACGACUACUCUUACCUGGAACCCUACGACCUCCGGAACGAUUUCGUUGAGAUUGCAAUGGGGUGCUACCACCGUUGCGACUGAUGGUGUUGUUAUUGCUUCUGCCAUCAAAAACACCGGCUCAUAUGAGUGGGAUGUCCCAUCCAACAUCCCCAAGGAAUCGGAUUACUUCAUCCGCAUCUCCAGUGACGCCGACUCCUCGAUUGUGAAUUACUCUGCUCGAUUCGAUAUUUCGGGUGUCUCUGGUUCGGCUUCGACUACUACUAGCGCAUCUGCAACAUCGACCUCGGCUUCUUCCUCUUCCUCCUCUUCCACCUCGUCUUCCUCCUCCUCGUCUUCCUCGUCAUCAACCAAGUCCUCUUCCACUACAUCAUCCUCUUCAUCCUCUACAUCGACUACCCUGGUGACAUCCUCCUCAACCGCCGCCGUGCCCUCAUCCACCGCCGCAUCCACCACUUCCGCUUCAUCCACUUCCGCCGCUGCCUCCAAGACCAGCGCAACCGCAACCACAGCACCCAGCAUCAUCCCCAACCUCAGCGGUGCCGGUGAAAUCAAGAUUCCUUUCGUGAUGGCUGGAAUCGCUGCUUUCGGCGCUUAUGCAUUGUUGUAAUGUUUUUCAUUGCACAAUGUUUCGCCUUUUAUUCUACGUUCUAC